UGUGCAGUCUUUCUGAUGGUUAUCUUAUUUCUCUAUAUUUUAUUUUAUUCAUUUAAUUUGGCACUAACUGGCCGGAACACAACACAUACAACAAGGAUUAUCAAAGUCUGUCCUUGUAGGUGACAAGGUGUACACACACGAUGCUUACCACCAAGCUAUUUAACCCCACCCUAUCUGUACUUCUAUUAGUCAUUAUUAUACAGUAGAUUCGUGGUCCAGUUGAAGAACAUUCAAGAUGUCAGAGGGACAGGCAGUUCGUGAACGUUAUACUUUUUUCAUAGACGCUAUGAGUAAAGCUGGAAAUGCUGAAGGAGCGAAAGCCGUUUAUGAUAAAUGGGCAGAAACCUAUGACCAGGACGUAAUGGCGCCAGAGAAUCAGCAUUACGGAAGGGCAUUCUUGGUGGAAGCACUUCAGAAGAUGGUUACCGAUAAAUCCGUGAAAAUUUUAGAUUUUGCCGCAGGUACUGGAAUAGUCGGACAAAUGGUAAAGCAAGCUGGGUUCAACAACAUCGAUGCUUUGGAUUGCAGUAACAAGUGCUUAGAAAAAGCAAAAGAAAAACAUGUGUAUCAGAAUCUGAUGGAAGAAACGGCCGGACAAAGACAGUUGGCAAUAAAUGACAAUACGUAUGAUGUGUUGAUUUGCUCCGCUGGAUUUGGCCCUAACCUGCUGAAUCAAAGUGUCUUUUCUGAAUGGAUAAGAAUCACAAAACCUGGUGGCUAUAUCUUCAACUCAUUCAGGAAACAAUGGCUAAAAUUGGAUCCUAGUUUAAACGACGGAAAAUUUGAAAAAGAAAUGCAAAGACUCGAGGACAACUACAAAUGGAAACUAGUUGGAAAAGAAGUACAAAAUGGGAUAGAUUCGAAAGAAGCACUAUUGUUCGUUCACCGGAUAUGCUAAACUGAAAAUAUAAUGAACAAUUAGUUAUUAUACGGAGGCAUCAAAUAUGCCUAAUUAAUAAAAUUCACCAGGCCACAUAUUAAAUGGUAAAGAAUGGAUGAAGACUAAUUUUUCUUUGGGAAAAAAUAAACUUGAAAGAAUUGUUAAAGUCCGAUGACAGAGAAGAAUAUGGCUUUUGAGCUCUGUCAGUCAAAACAAGAUUCAGCUCUCAAUCGUUUAGGGCCUAAUUCUGACGACGCUAUUAUACAAAGGAAUUAAAAUAAUCCCCAAAACUACUGAAUUUGAUGUUCUUUCUGAUGGUAAAUAGUUUUAUUUAAGUGCUAUCAACUGCACACCAAAUGCACAGCAAACCACACUUGAUUCAGAAGCCAUGGGAUGCUCUAAAAGGACACAGGCAGGUCACAUAAACCUUACGUAAUGUUGUUUUAGUCUGGAUUAAUAAACAAUUUUAUAUACA